UCUCUUUCUUCGUUUCUCGAAAGACUCGGGCGAGCACUGAGCAGAGAGAGAGAAAAAUACUAAAACACACUCUCUCUCUCUCUCUCUCUACUUGUCACUCUCUCUAUCUAUUAUUCUACACACAAAUUAAACAAAGCUCCUAAAAAAAAUCCUCUCUCUCUCUAGUUCUACCCUCUGUAGCUGAUAGGGUCAGCUUCGUCGGCGCUAUUUUUGCCUGAUUUCACGGAGAAGCAGGAUUUGAGAUCUGACUUCUUCUUCUUCUUCUCCCCCCCUUUGUUUUUGUAAUUAUCCCUUUGCUGAUCUGGGUUUUUCUUUCUCUUCUUACUCUCCUCCUAUUCCAUGGAUGCUUCGUCGUCGUCGGCGCACUGAUUCCGUCGAGAAAACACUCAAGAUUGUUUCUAGCAUUGUAAGCUUUUGUUUGUAGAAUGAGAGGCUAAGGGAGUAUCUAAAGUGAAAACGUUACUGCGAUGGAGUGUCGUAUGGAGCUGAAGAAGGGUUCAUCUGAUCGACCUCCUUUUGUAGCUGCUGAGAAGAAAGUGUUGGCUAAGGAAAGCUCAAAGUCGUUUACACCAGAUAAGUUCAGAGACGACAAACGCGGCUUGUCUUACUCCGAUUUCCACCGUGAGAUCACGAAAAAAGUCGAAGACGUCUGUCCUAAACGCUUGGAGAAUCGUCUCAAGUCACGGAUAGGUAGAACUGCCUCUGGAGAAAGAGAUCUUGUGAAGUACAAGUCUUAUGUUCCGAGUUAUAUCAAGAAAUGUGAUAAACAUGAAGACAAGGAUGUUAAAGCUGCUGCUACUGGUGGCAUUGGUACACUGGACUUAAGAAAUAGGCAGUCAGGUGAUAAACAAGUGGAUAAGCAUACGAGGUCUUCCUUGUCUAACACAAGCACGUCGUCUUCACUCUGGAGUGAUGAAUCAUCCACUGACUCCAGCAGAGGUUUGGGUGCUUCUCCUUUUCGUAAAAGAGUCAAUCACCCUCCGUUGGAGUAUUAUCUCUUGUCAUCUAAGCCUGGAGAUAAUUUUCAAGACUUGGAUCCACCUCGAGAUAAUGGUGUUCUGUCCCAGAGUCAUAGUUUUUUGCCAGGAAAUAUCACUGACAGACAAAGAGGUUGUUCCACUAGAAGAGAUGGGCAGAUUCAUCAAAUCCCUCGUGGUGCAACUGCAUUCCAACCGGCUGAGAAGAAAGAUUCUGAUUUCAAGAUUGCUGCUCCAAAAACCAGAACGUUCUUGAGUCCAUCAAAGCCAGAUAGUCCUUCUUGCACAAGGAUAAUAUCAAGGAACCUAGCCGAGGAUUUUAAGAAGAAAGGAGAGAAGAUGGAGGAGAGGAUCCGAAAUCCUCGUGUUCACGAUUUGUUUGGUAAAGAAAAGCCUGCUGCUGUGUUUAUACCAGGAAUUGUUACUCAGAAACAGAUUAUUGGUUUGUCCAAGUUCUAUGAUUCAAAAGUGUUGCUGGCUGAGCGAGUGGCAGAAACAAAGGGCUUCUCAGAAAAGUUGGCGUAUGGGAAAGGUGCAGUCUUGGACUCUGGACGUGAAUCUGAUGGAAGCAAGCCGUUCUUAAAGCGUAUCAGCUUCUUGAGUUCAGAAAGAUCAUGUUCAGCUCCACGAUCAAGAAAAGGUGAAUCUAGUCCCUCUAGGAGCAGGACUCUAGAUAGAAGGUCAACAGAAACAUUACCCAAACAGUCAGAUCAGAAACCAGCGAAAGCUGUUGCAGAAAGAGCAAGGAGCAUUUCACCGUUUCGCAGACUCAGCUUCAGCAUUGGCAAGUCCAGCAAAAACUCCAACACCGAAGAUGCUCAGACUCUUCCCCACUUAAGCGCAGCACUUAUUUCAUCACGAGCUGGUUUAGACAAUCCAUCUGCUGCCUCUUCUUUCAGUGACAGCUCUUCUUUUGAUAAAACCAGUGCAGUAAACAGAGGCAGGUCUAGUCCGUUGAGAAGGUUACUCGAUCCUUUAAUAAGACCAAAAUCAAGCCACUCAUGUAGAUCUCCUGAGCCAUCACAAAAGGAUGCACCUUCAAGUCACCAAAAGCAUGUACUUUACGACAGUCAACCAUCUUCAUCCCUUCUGUCGAGAACUGGGAAAAAUUCAACUGUUCAGGCUCUAUUUCGUGUGACGUCUAAGAAUGAUCAACCACUCUUCACAUUUGCGGUUGAAAAGGAACAAAGUAUUACAGCAGCCACAAUAAGAAAACAGACUCCCCCGGAAAAGGAAGACUAUGGACACAAGUAUACGUUUUUCACUGUUCAGGAAGUACAGAAGAAAAAUGGGAAAUGGAUGAACCACGGCAGGAAGAUGCAAAACCAAGAGUACACAUCCAACAUUGUCGCUCAGAUGAGAGUCUCUGGUUCUAAGCCUCUGAUUUUCGCAGGAGAAAGUGAUGCCCAUAACCUCACAACCAGAGAAUUUGUACUCUUCGCAUCUGAAUCGCAGCGGACUAACGAGCUAGCUGCCAUGGUGAUCAAGAUCCCAAAAAUUGAUGACACAGGCUCAGCAAAAGACACCACACUUGGAGAUUACUUUGCAGAUGUUAACGCAACAGUGGUACUUCCAAGUGGGAUUCACAGUCUCCCACACAAAGGAGGGCCUUCAUCGCUUAUCCAACGAUGGAAAUCAGGUGGAUCAUGCGACUGUGGAGGCUGGGACAUUGGCUGCAACCUUAGAAUCCUCACAAAUCAACAUAAUAAUAAACCCCCAAACCCUUCUCCCUCCACUUCAGAUGCCUUCAAGCUCUUCUUUCAGGGAGGAUUACAAGAUAGUAACAACCAACCGUUCUUGAGUUUUACUCCAUACAGAGAAGGUGUUUACGCAGUUGAGUACAAUACAUCACUUUCACUCUUGCAAGCAUUCUCCAUUUGUAUAGCGGUUAACGAGGGACGGAAUCUGUCAAAGACCACAGAAGAAACGAAUGCUUCAUGUGUAGACAACAAAGCUAAUGGAGAGAUUCAAAACGAGAGGUUGAAGUCAUUUUCAGGUCCUAUUGAAGCUGAGGCUCCGGCUAGGUAUCUCUCACACCACCCACCAUUGUCUCCUGUGGGAAGGGUUUAGUUGUUUCUUCUAAAAUAAAUCUGGCUAUAUAUAUAUGUAUGUUUUAUAUAUAUAUAUAUAUAUAUAUCUCUUUUUUAGUCUCUGAUGAUGGGGUUCGUAUGUAAUUACGGCGUGGAAGUAGAUUACGUUAAAUAGAAAUUUGUGAAACUUGUUUUAAGCAAAUAAAAACACUCUUAUUGUUUUACCUA